AUGGGAAUUACAAAUGACCAAGCAUCUCUAUUUAUAGGCAAACUCAUGAUGUCCAAGUUGGCAUCAAUGGCUAGAAUUAAUCUUCAUCCAAGGGUUCUCAUUGGUUGCAAGUUGUCUUCCUCCUCCUUAAACCACAAGACACUGAGAAUCUAUUUCUCAACAAAUAUUCAAAUCUCUCAUGAAACACUGUCAACAAUCUUUACCAGUGCAUUCAACGAGUUUGGCCAAAUGAGCCGUAGAAUUAACAUCAGUGAAGGGUCGAUUUUCAACCUUGUUCCAGUUUUGGGUGCUGGGAGAUCAGCAACUUCGAUGGACGAUAUACUUACCUGUGAGCUUUAUGCCCGGAAAUUUUAGUUCUGGUCAUGCCAAGACAAUCCGGUAUGUGAAGAAAUACAAGCUUGCACGUACCUCCAAGAUAUGGAAGCAUAACAUUUCAUAUAAUUAUAGCAUGUCUACUCCUUUGUUCACGGGUAUUUGUUUUUGUUCAAUUAUAAUUCUAAUAAUAUGAAUUAUUUGUUAAUGUAAACCUUAGUUUCGUUA